CUUCCUUCCUGCCUAAGUUCCUUCCUUCCUUCCUUCCGACAUCGAUAUCGAUCUACUCUGUUAAUCAGCAAAAAACAUGAAAUGCUAUAAGAUUGACGAUAUUUGUGCUCUUGGACACAUACAUCUUUUCCCGCAACAAUCACUACAAUGACUGCAGCUGUUCUCAUCGUUGGCGCUGGACCUUCAGGCCUGUCCCUAGCUCUUGCUUUGCAACAGAAUGGCGUCUCUGUUCGAAUCAUUGACAAGCUUGCUACUUACCGGGUCGGCCAGAAAGGCUCUGGUAUCCAGCCCAGGAUCCUUGAGCUCUACAAGCUCCUCGGUGUCCUCCCUGAUAUACAGAAGAAAGCCGGAGUGCCUCAGCCCAAGUUGCAAUACCUUCCUGGGGGUGCGACUAAGGUCGAGACAUUAGCCUUCAUGGAAAAUACCCCCGAUAGACCCUAUAUCAAUCCCAUCAUGCUGGGACAAGACCGACACGAAGAAAUACUGCGCGAACACUUGGCCAGAUAUGGCGUCACGGUCGAACUGGGGACCGAGUUGGUGUCCUUUGAACAGUUCCCGGACCAAGUGGUCUCGCGUAUCGUCAAGACUCGCAAUGGCCAACAAUAUGAAGAGUCUGUAGAGAGCCGAUGGCUUGUAGGUGCAGAAGGCGCUCACAGUGUUGUGCGCAAAACGCUUGGUUUGACGUUCCUUGGAGAGACACGGAAAGGAGAUAAUCUAGUCGUGGGUGAUAUCCAUGUCAAGAAGCCACUCUUAGACAGAGAUGUAUGGCACGUAUGGGGCGAACCGGGGACAAAAGCAGUGACCCUCCGCCCUUUCGAGACCAAAGACGACAAGUACACUUUUAUCUGUAUGGGUCGCGGUUUGGAUGCCGCUAAGAUGUCGUCUGGCCGCGACGAAUUUAUCAAAGAGUUUUAUGAAACGAGUGGACGCACCGAUAUCGAAUUCGGUGAUCUUAUUUGGAUCUCCAACUUCCAGCCCAAUGUUCGAAUGGUCAAUAGCUACGGCUCUGGCCGAGCUUUUGUUACUGGUGAUUCCGCCCACGUUCAUAGCCCUACUGGUGGCCAGGGACUCAACUCAGGCAUCCAAGACUCCGUCAAUUUGGCUUGGAAACUCGCUCUCAUCGAGAAAGGCUUGGCUCCCCAAAGUCUCCUCGAUACUUAUUCUCAAGAACGGAUUCCCGUCAUCGCAGCCAUGCUCGACAAGACCUCUGAACUCCUGACCAAGACCUUCAAACCCGGAGGAGCUAGCCGGGCUGGUUGGGCCAGAGGCUACGAACUUCGUCAACUCGGCGUCAACUACCGCGCCAGUCCCGUAAUCGUGGAUGAAACUCCAGUCGAGGGUGAAGAGACCGUCGACCCCUAUCAAUCAGGGAACGAUGGCACCAUACGAGGUGGUGACCGAGCCCCCGAUGCUCCUGGUCUCGUAUUUGUUAACGAUUCCUCGCGUAAGACCAGCCUGUUUGAUAUCUUCAGUCCAUCCUACCACACUGUCCUCAUUUUCUCUGAUGAGAACGCGGCGGUUCUGGAUGCUCUGAAGAGUUACCCGGCCGGUACCGUCAAGUCCGUGGUCAUUGUUCCGCAACAACCGACAGGGGGUAUCUUGGCUGACUACGUACUGGUGGAUGGUGAGGGUUAUGCGUACAAGCACUACAACAUCGCAGAGAAGGUUACCAAGGUCGUCGUGGUCCGACCUGAUGGAAUCAUUGGUGCGCUCGUGGUUGGUGUAGAUGGACUGAAGCAGUACUUCAAGGGGAUCUUCGUCUGAUUCAUAUACUGAUAGAAAUUUGGGAUGCUCCCCCGAUAUUAUUUAUGCACACUAGUUCAAAUUUCUCUCAAACAUGCUCUUACUUCGGACAGCAAAUUAUUACUGAUCACCUACCGUUGAAAUGAGAAUUUCUCGUCUAUAAUCAAGAACUGUCCCUUCCGUUCUUGUUGGAUUCACGAGUGGAUAAUAUGCAACGAGGAUUUACUUUUCGUCUACAAUCAGAGCAUCUGCGAUCUUCUUGCGACUCGUCUUUGAUAUAUGUGAGAAUGCGCCUUUAACGCUUGCUCUCGUAAAAUACGAUAGAUUAGCUUUGUCUUACAUCCUACACCAUCCAAGCAGUCCCCGAC